CCAAACCAAGGAGAGCUAACCACGGAAGUAGGUGGCGAUGAGAUGCAAAAUGACGUGAUGUAAAUUAGUGAUGGAAAUGUUUACAUCCAGAAAACGAUUGCAUGUGAGAAGAAGUGAACACUUUCGAAUCUAACUUCAAAAUGUCCGACAGCGAAGAGUUUGGGCCACUCGAAACAGCAUCCACAUCUUGCUCAGAUGAGGUUAACCAAUUGAGAGAAAAAGUGAAAGUCCUUGAGGAACAUGAAGCAGAAUUUGGACAGAAGAGAGCUAAAUUUAAAGAGAUCUAUGUACAAAAAGAAAAGGAACUACAGAAAGAAAAAGAGAAACAUCAAGAGACGGAGUCUGAGCUGAGGUCCGUGACAGAGGAGCUGGAGAGACUGCGGGGGGAACUGGAGGGGAUCAAAACAGCGGUGGCGUACUCUGAGUCCAACAAGCAGGACGAGAUCGAGGCCAUACGACGCCAGUGUAAAGAGGAAAUAGAAACACUACAGUCUUUUCUCAAUGAGGUGAGAACGGAGGCCUCUACAACCACGGCCAUGCAAUAUGAACAAGAACAAAGAAAGCUAAAAGAACUCUGUGAAAAGUACGAGGAGGAGGUUCGAGAUUUACGUAGUCGCCUUAACCAGGAUGGAGAUGGAUUUUUAUCAUCUGUUGCUAAGCAACUGAAGCAGAUGGCACCAGGCUCGGUGGGAACCAGUUCUAGUCUGGCUCAGGAACACGAGAGUCUGGAGGACGACAUGAGGAAGGCUCAAGCUGAUGCUGAGAUUUUGAAGUCAGUAGUAAUGCCACUAGAGGAAGAGAUUAAGUCUCUCAAGGAACAGCUUCAGGAGGCCAGGGAUAAAGUCAGGGACUUUCAGGGGAUUCAGGCCUCACCCGGUGCUAAAAACAUGACCCCUGACACACAGUCACUCUCUGAAAUGGACCAAUCAAAAGAUCCAGAGGAAAGGAUAAAGGAACUGCUGAAAUAUCUACAAGCGGAGAAAGCGUCACGUAAAGAUCUGGAGAUGUACGUCGCUGUACUCUCCACGCAGAAGAAAGUUUACGAGGAUGAGUCAGACAAACUGAAGAAGGACCUCAAUGAUGUGUGUAAAAUCCUGGAGGAUGAGAAGAAAUCCCACGAGGACCUGCGUCACACUUGGCAGAUGGCCAAUGACCAGUUCCUGGAAUCUCAGAGACUGAUGAUGAUGGACCUCCGCCGGAUGGAGUCGGUAUUGACGGUAGAACAGCAGCGACAGAUAGGAGAGCUCCAAAUGAAGGACAGGAAAAGGGAGGCUCAAGAAAAGAGGGUAAAAAAUUUGGAGGAAAUGCGGAAUAAACAGCAACAAGAACAAGAGCAACGUAAACUAGUUAUAGACGCCCUUAUCAAUAAUUUACGACGGUUAAACAGACAUGCUCUAAGAAAAAUGGAGCAAGUGUCUGAGAAGCUACAAACAAUAGAGAACCAUGACUUAAGUGACGCUUUACAAAACCAGACGGAGGCCUUCUCCCAGGGGUCAAACUCCAGCAUCAAUCUACUGUCCGCAGACAUGGGCCUGAUCAGGAAAUCCCCCAGUAAUGAUACCCUGGACUCGUCAGGGGAGACCCUACUGGAGGGUCAGUCCACCACAGGGGAGGGGCUGAGGGUGCAGAUCAGUCCUGACAAAACCCUUCAUAUGCCCCACCUCUCAGAGGCCCAAAAGAGGGCAAUUACUGAUCCAACUCCUGAAUUAAUGGCUCGUCAGAACUUGAUGGCUACUGCCAGACAAACAGACAGUCGAAUUUCGUUAGAGGGUAGAAGAAUGGUCAGCGAAAAGGAGUGGGAACUUUUACAAAAACAGCUGAUUGAGGCGAGGGAGAAGGCAGGGAGACCGUGUGAUAUGUGUAAUAACUACGAGGCCCAGCUACAGAAUGUACAGGACGAUUAUAAGAAAGAGCAGGUCAAGGCCAAGUCCCUAGAGCGCCGCCUCAACAGAGAGUUACAAACGCUGGAGAACAAACAGAAGUACAUCACAGAUCUAGAGAAUAGUCUCAACAACUCCGCAACAGAGGCUCAAAACCAGAUUUCCAGUUUAACCACAAAAAUCCAGGAAUGUGAGCGAUACCUGACUGAGGUCAGACAACAGAACACUCAGUCUCAACUCGAACUCAGGGAUAUGUUGAAGUCUUUAACCAAAGACAGGGAAACUGUACAAAGAGAGCUUGUCAAGCUUCAAGAAGACAAUGAUUCUCUGAUGGGGAAACACUCCAAGUUUGCACAGCAACUACAGAACGAGGACAUCAACCUGCCUAACAACAUGGAGGAACUGCAGCUGUUGUUACUGAAAUACAGAGAGGAGAUCAUUCAGGCCAAGGUUGCUAAGGAACACAUCGAGGGUUCCCUAAAGAGUGAAAAUAUGUUCCUGAAAUCGCAGGUCCAUGCGGAACAACAGGAGAAAAACACUCUAGAGGAGACACUGAAUCAGGAAAUAGGCAGUCUGCAGGAAAAACUAGCUGUCCAAGAGAGUCUGAAGUCAGAGCUAGAGAGGGAGGGAGCUGUGAGGGCUGAGUUUGAGGGGAAAUACAAGGAGAUAGAGCAGUCAUUGAAGAGUAUACAGGCCAAAAAUAAACAGCUGAUAUCUGGUCUACAACAACAAGUGGAGGAACAGUCCAAUGCUAGGACACAGUUGGAGAAUGACCUCCAAAAACAAAAGGCCAAAGUUCAGUCUCUUCAGAUUGACCUUGAUAACAGUGAGGCUGUACAGAGGGACUUUGUCAAACUCUCCCAGUCUCUCCAGAUACAGCUGGAAAAAAUUCGUCAAGCGGAGAAUGAAGUACGAUGGCAGCAUGAGGAUGAUAUAGAGGAGUGUACAAACUGUAAACAGGCAUUUAGUGUAACAAAGAGAAAGCAUCACUGCAGGCAUUGUGGUAAAAUCUUUUGUUCGGACUGUAUAUCUAAGACAGUGAAUAGUGGCCCUAGUAACCGACCGUUCAGAGUGUGUGACAUUUGCCACACAAUCCUUGUCAAAGACGCUAUGCCAUAUUUCAGCACUGAGCCACCUAGCACGCCAGACUAGACAGAGUGGUCUACCCCUGAGGCUGUGUGGGGUUUAUUGUAUACCCUUGUUGUUAUUGCAUUAUUUAUCUACAACCACAAGCAAGCUACAUGAUCAUUUAUGAGUGAACGCUUAUUUGCAUUUUUAGAAGAAGAAGUGAAAGUAGUAGGGGAUCCAUUGUGUGGAAGUAAAAGUAUGUGAUCUUUUGUAUAGGUGUAAAAUUUAUAGGUCUGUUGUGUAGAAGGCAAAGUAUGAGAUCUUUUGGAUAGAAGUGAAAGUUAUGAAUCUUUUGGAUAGAAGUGGAAGUCAUGAAUCUUUUGGAUAGAAAUUAUUGUGUAGAAGUGAAAGUAUUGGUUGAUUGUCUAAAGCAAUAUGAGCUGCAUUUUUGAAAAUUUUAUUUUGCUGUUAGAAUGUGUUAAAAUGAUAAAUUUGUAUUUAACUUAAACAUUUAUGAUCAAUUUUACUAAAAUAAAGCAAAAGAAAGACUUCUAUAUACAAUCCAAUACACAGAUUUACAUAAGAAAUCAUUAUUGUACAGGAGGACAGUUAUGUAAUUUUGAUUCAAAGGAAGCUUACAAACAGUUCUUCCAGCGCAACUUUGAACGACAGAAGUUUAUUAACAUUAUUUUUUUCUCUCAUUGAAAUAGUUAUUUACAAUUUUACAACAAACAAUUCUGACAUCAAAGUUACAGCUCAUAUUGCUUUAAGUAUGGGAUCUACUUGUAGAUAUGAAAGGAUGAUUGAGAUAUAUUAUGUAGAAGUGAAAGUAUGGAGUAAAUGCGAAAGGAUCUACUGAGUAGAAGUGAAAGGAUAUAGGAUCUAUUUAUGGAAAUGAAAGGAUAUCAAUUGUUUGAAAGGAUGAGAUUUAUUGCAUUAAGGAUGUUCGAUCCUGCGAUUUUGAGCAUGUGUUUUGAUCAGGUCCUUUAUUUAUAAAAUUCUGCAUCAUUUUUAAGUUCUAACAUUAAAUCUGAAUUCUACAGUGCCAAUUUAACUAUAUUCAAAAAAAUGCGAUUAAAUUCCUUUCAAGUAGAAUUAAACUAGGGACUAUAUUUUGUAGCGGAAGGUUUUUUAGACGAAAAUGAUCAGUUUUUCCAUUUUGAACUAUAACAGUACUGUUAAUUUUGGAUUCCUAUUUUUCCAUCCUGGUUGCACACAAAGCUGUUUUUUGCAGUGAAAUGGGUUAUGCUGGUUCUGAAAUAUCUAUUAAAUUAUUUCUUAUGAAUUCUAUCAACAAAGUGUGACAAAUAUAGUAAAUAUAUUCUGAAAAUCCGGGAAAAAAUUUAACCAAUUUCAAUGUAAAUUUGACACUUUUUUAGUAAUAUCUGAAAAUUUACAGCAUAUACCCCCACUUUUGAUGUUCUUUUCUAAAUAUUCAAGAUAAAUUUGACCUAUUUGCUUAAAAUCAGAAAAAGUUUAAGACUUUAAAAUAAUUUUCUUGCUUAUUAAAUUUUCAAUGCCAGAAAAAUCACUUUUUACUAGUGCAGAAAGGUCAAAUAAUUGAUUAUUUGAAGCAAUUUGAAACUUUUUCUUAGUCACAAUUUUUAAGUGUCUUUUUUAAACAAACAUAGAGUUCAUUUUGUUUCAUGCUUUAAUUGGAUAAAAAUAUUGGAGGGAAAACGUUAAAAAUUUAAUUUUAAUAAAGACACAAAUUUCAGUGCAAAAAGGUCAUAUGAAAUGUACUGUAGCGCCAAAAGAAGCGUAUUGACCCCCAUUUUUUGAAUUGAAUUUUAAUUAACCUAUGUAUAUAGAAACUAAAAAUAUACUUGGCAAAAAAAGUUUAAGACUUUAAAUAUCAGGAUCGAACGUCAUUAAAUUGAAUAGAUGGGAUCUAUUGUAUAAAACUGAAAGGAUGGGAUCUAUUGUAUAAAUCUGAAAGGAUGGGAUCUAUUGUAUAAAAGGGAAAGGAUGGGAUCUAUUGGGUACAAGUGAAGCUAUGGCUAGGUAUGAAUAAUGAUUUUAUGAACUUUCCCAUAUAGGUCUGUUAAUUCUUUUUAAUAUGUAGGGAAUAUUAAUCAUUGGCACAAAGGAGAAAAGAUUAAGGGGAGAAAAGUAAAGAAAAGUUUUAUGAGUGUAACAUAGUCUUUAAAGAGCUCUUUCAUUUAUGUAAAGUGCUGCUUCAUAUUUUCAUUGAAUUUGUUGUGUAUAAAUUUUUGGAUGUCAGUAAACUCAGAGGUGAAAUCCUAGCGAUUGAUAACCAAAAGCACAGAUUACAGAACAUAAGAUCUAUGUUUAAUAUUUAUUAUGGUGUGUGUGUGUCUGAUUUUGAUGUGAAUAUGAGAGUAGGAGUUUGAAUUUUAGCUGGAGAGUUGAUUGAGGGGACAAAUAUGAAUGAAAUUUCAAUCAUGUUAUUAUUGUGUGCAAGAGGGAGUCAUUAUGUCCUAUGUAUUUAAGUAUAUGUACAAGUCUGUACUCUUAUUUUAGUUACAACAUCUUCAAUUCUGUUUGUAUCUUUCUAUUAGAAGAAAAAAAUAAUACAUGUACAUACAGAUAAGUAAAAAUAUGUACACUAAGAAUAUAGUCAGUUUUACCAGGAAAUAAUUUCUUUUUUUUUCCUGAUUAAACAAAAGAGAUUUCAAGCUACAGAUUCAGAUACUGUCUACUGAAACUGAAAUGUUUUUAUUUAUUUUAUUUGAUGUAAACACAGACACAAAUAACUUAGGAUGCAUUCAUUUUGUUGUUAUGUUUUGUUUAGAUUUGCUGUGAUAUCAAUGCAUAUUAAUUAAUGACAUUAUUCAGAUCUGAUAGUGAUGCAGUAGUUAUAGGGCAAUUCUCAGUGUGACUAUUAUUGACUUGUAAAUUUCAAUAGUUUUGAAUCCUUAAAAAUCAUUAAAAUUGUUUAAAAUGUGUAAAUUUUUACUUUUUCUGAAGGAUUUUGAAAUUUAUAAUCAUGUCUUUAAUAAGUAGAAUGUGAAAAAUGAUGGGAGAUUUAUCAUUAAUUAUAUUCUGUAUACCUUGGUUCUACUGUAGUGACGCAGUACACAUAGCUUACGCGUACAGUGUAGCCUAUAGUGUUUGAGAUGAUAGAUAAGUGUUGAUGAUAACAGGAUCAAUGUUUUGCUGUCUCUUUAACAGGCUUCAGGUCACCAACCUAUGAUCACUGCCAAAAUAGAAUUCUAAAUAAGCAUAUGAUAUAGAUACAUGUACACAACUGUACAUGUACAAAAUUCAUUAUGAUAUCCUUUACUCUGGUUUUAAAGAUAUUGUUAUAAUUACAUGUCAGAAGUUAUUUGUGUUUGUUAUAGAACAUGUUAACACAGUAAGCAUAGAAAUAUACAUAUAUUUCUCUACAUAAUUAAAAUUAUGUACUUUUAAACAAUGUUGAAAGGUAACCUUUGCAUGUAUCAUUUCCAUGGUCCAAUCCUUUACUUGACCUUUUUUAUGUACAUGCUUGAUUUCUUUAAAUGCAUAAAGAAUUUCAUUAUACUUAGUGAUGACACUUUGUAAAAAGUGAUUAGCAUACACAUUUAUCAACAAUGCUUCAAUUAAUCAACAGGUUUUUCAUGGAUUUUGAACAUUUGAGGACUUGCGUAGUAUUGUAUAAAAAAAAGGGUUUUGUUCGGGAAGCCUUCGUUGUAGACUUAAUGUCUUAUGGCAGAGAGAACAAAACAGUCUAGUCACAUUUAAAGGGCACCCAGAGAACAUCUGGGGCUUACACACAGAAACUCAUGUACAUGUAUAGAUGAUUCUUAAAUCUACUGGAAGUAGAGGAAAUAGCUUCAACACUUCUCUUCAUUGUACUUGACUGUUAUAUAACACUUGAUCUUGUUUUAUAAUUAUUAUAAAGGUGAAAUAUAAAGUGGAAAUGAAACCAA